UCGUAGUGAUCGAGACCGCCGUUGUGCUGUCCGUCUCCUGCCGUAUCUGCACAAGCUCGCCAUUAUGUUAUGCUGAGCCCGUACACACAGAAACCCCAGCUCCGUACGGCAUCCGCGCCUGUAUGCAUGCACAGUCAUAUAUAGGCGGUGCACCGGCCGCGCGGACGACGGCACCAAGCGGAAAAGCUCCCACAAGCUAGCCGUGCUAGAGAAGGGAGAGCGAGCGAGGGAUCGAGGCCGGCCGUGUGCUUGGUGCGGCGCCGGCGCAGCCCCCCCCCCCGCGCGCGCGUGUACAUACAUACAUGGCCGGGCUGCAGCGGUCGAGCGAGACGUACCGGCGGUCGGGGUCGUCGGGGACGGUGUGGGAGAACAAGCACCAGCCAUCGGCGUCGGGCGAGCUCACCGCCAGGCCGGCGCGGCCCAAGGACGCGCGGCCGCAGCAGCGGAGCGGCGGCCACGGCGGGUACACGACCGGCCACGUGCAGCCGGCGCUGGACCCGCCGUCCCCGCGCGUCGCCGCCUGCGGUUUCUGCAGCUUCUUCGGCAAGGACAAGCAGCAGCCGCCCCGCCGCGCCACCGGCAAGCGCCGGCGCCGCUGACGAACGAGUUCCGCGCGCGCCCGGCGGGGCGGGCGGGCGUCCAAGCGCUCUCUCUCGUCAUGCACGCUGUACUCUUGUUAGCUACUAUGUACUAGUAUUUUCUUGCUGCUGCUAGCUCCGGUCUUGUCGUGAUAGCAACUUAGAAAAUACAUGCUAACAUGCAUCAUCAGAGGUCACAGAAUACUGAAAACUUGUGUUCAUGUUCAUACGAAAUGGACCGCAUUGCGCACCCUUCUUCCCUUUUUUUUCUCUCGUGGCAUAAUACAAAUAUACAAUGGAUUGUACCUUUUGAUUCAAUCACAGCAAAUCGAUCGCCUAGUCGCGUAUAUGCUGAAGGAUUCUGAACAUUCUAGAUUGCAACUUUC